AUGGAUUCGUUUAUGGACUUUUACUUCGACGAAGUGUUCUGCAAUAUCAAACGGGACGGGUUAAACCAAAGAUUUAAAAGGCGAGAACUGGUUGAGUAUUUUAAUACAGUUAUUGCAGGAUGUGCUAAAGGACAGAACAGGUCUGAUAAUGCAACAUGUAAAUCGUUCGUGUCAUCCGCCCUGAGGUACCAUAACCGGUGUAAAAGUGACAAUGGGGAUGUAUGCCUUAUGGGGAAGUACCAUAAUAUGCUGUACAUAGCUAUGAAACUUGCGUUCGAUUGGAGCUUGCAAGAUAAUGGUAUAGUUGCCGCCUUAUUAGACGAAAUGUACGCUUGCGAGGGUACUUUUGAAAGGAUAUUUUUGGGAGCUAUAUUCGGUACAUCAGCUCCAUACUUUUUGGCUGGAUGGAAAUCAGAUUUCACCGAUAAAGAGGAAAACGUUCACGCCCUUGUAUUUUUCCUAGACCACGCUACAAACGCUAGCUUAGAAUACAAAGACGGUAAAAAAACCUAUCGUUUUAUCGACGUUCCGUUGGAAAGCUGUGGAAAGGCAUCCCCGGUUAGAGUAGUCAUACAAAUGGGAGCUUCUGAGAUGCUUAUGAUUCUUUUGCGAUUUGGAGCUAGAAUAACAGCUGAUCAUGUGUCAACCAACCCUAUUGAAUCAAUUUUGGACAGAUUGAAGGAGUAUAACAGGAAGUAUCCUUAUGAAUUGGUUUCUUGUCUUAAACUAGCUUUAAGAGCUGUUCCAAGAGUUGAUCUAACAGUUGAUAAAGCAGCGUUAAAGCAUUUGGAAUUGCCAGAUGACUAUAAUUAUCAAAGAAAGAUUGCGUUGGAAAAAUAUGGGGAUAUUUUGGAAGAUCAUUUAAUUCCAUCAUCACGGUGUGGCUUGAAACCGGUUGAACUAAAACACUUGUGUAGGUGUCAAAUUAGGCAAAUGUUGUGGAAUAACUUUGAACUACCUUUUGGUAUACAAAAGUUGCCAAUACCUCCAGCGUUGAAGAAGUAUUUAGAUUUGUUGGACGAU